AUGAAAAAUUAUACAACAAUAAAAACAUUUACCCUGGUGGGACUAACAGAUGACCCAAAUCUACAGAUUCCGCUUUUUAUCUUCUUGUUUCUAACCUAUUUGUUGAAUGUUGUUGGAAAUUUGACCAUCAUCACUCUCACCUUGGUGGACUCCCACCUUAAAACACCUAUGUAUUUUUUCCUCCAGAAUUUUUCCAUCUUGGAAGUCUCAUUUACAACUGUGUGCAUUCCCAGAUUUCUCUACACAAUGGCAUCUGGGGACAAUACUGUUACCUAUAAUGCAUGUGCCACUCAAUUGUUUUUUGUUGUUUUCCUGGGUGUGACUGAGUUUUUUCUCCUAACAGCUAUGUCCUAUGACCGUUAUGGAGCCAUCUGCAAACCCCUGCAUUACACGACCAUCAUGAACAACAGAGUCUGCAUCAAGUUCCUUAUUGGCUGUUAUAUAAUUGCUCUAAUCAUUGUCAUCCCACCAUUUGGCAUGGGCUUUGAGCUCGAAUUUUGUGACUCCAAUGUCAUAGAUCACUUUGGCUGUGAUGCUGCCCCCAUCCUGAAGAUUACCUGCUCUAACACAGAGUUUAUAGAGCGAUUUGUAUUAGUCUUGGCGGUGUUGACACUCCUGUUUACCUUGGUGUGUGUGAUUAUGUCCUACACUUACAUCAUCAGGACCAUUCUCAGAUUCCCUUCUGCCCAGCAAAGGAAAAAGGCUUUUUCCACUUGCUCUUCCCAUAUAAUUGUGGUUUCUAUCACUUAUGGGAGCUGCAUCUUUAUCUAUGUUAAACCAUCUGCAAAAGAAGGGGUAGCUAUUAACAAGGUGGUGUCAGUGCUUACCACUUCGGUUGCCCCAGUUAUGAAUCCCUUCAUUUACGUGCUAAGGAAUAAGCAAGUGAUACAGGCUUUCAAAGACAUGAUCAAAAGGAUUGCAUCUAUCUCAAAGAACUAA